AUGACGGCUUCCCAUUUCGGAGGUCUGCACCCCAAGUCGCGUUUCAGUGCACUCACAGUAUCCGCGGCUAUAAAAGGGGUGAGGGAGCAACCUCGAAAAAUCAGUGCGCUGGUUCGCUUCUCCCUCUUCUACUACUACUCCUUUCUAAACAACUCAGCUUUCGUUGGCCGGUCCAACGUCUACGCCCCUCAAUCACUCGCUAUCACAAUGGUCUCCCCCAAGUUCUCCUACCUCCUAUGCCUCCUCCUCCUCUCCUCGGUCACUCAGACGCUGUCAGCACCAGUCCCUAUCCUCUUCGAUGACGAGACCGCGGGCACCUCAAUCUUCUUGCGAGGUCCGCCAGGUGGUGAAGGCCCUCAGGUUGCUGGUAGAAGUACCAACAGCCAUGACAGUACCUUGGGGCCGGUCAAAUUGACAGGACCUACUACCCCUGUCAGCAGCGAUGAAAGUGCUAGUUCCAGAGGCACUGGUAGUACAGAUUCCAAAGAAGGACCCCUUGCCAUUGUUUCUCCCACCCUCCAUGGAGGUCCAGGAACACCCGACACCGACGGCAACAAGUCAGACAAAAGCUCUGUGAGUUCCGGACAGACCGCAAACGAACUAACGAAAGAGGAACGAAAAGAGAGAGAGAACAAGUUUAAGUUGGCCGAAGCUCCUCCGGGAAAAGGCAAGCCCGCUCCGAAGGAAGGUACCUUGGACCCAAAUCGAAACAAGGAGUUGCCACCUCCACCUGUACCUCCCAAAGACGACGACAAAACCGUCAAGGAUAAGCCGUCCAAGUCGCUACUCCAGGGUUUCACCGGUGCUUUCAGUAGGGGCAAAAAGGAUGACAAGGGCAAGAAGGACCCCGGCGCAGGUGGCGCAAGCGCGGCCUCAGGAUCCGGCAAAGGCAAAAACCGCAAGAGGAGCCUGAACUUUGGAGAAGGCGGAUCACCCUCGUACUACUACUAG